AUGGGAAGCUUUGUACCCCUGCCCGAACCUCCGGUCGUGGCGGUCAAGCAAACCCCGUUCGCGUCGUUGGCCCCUCCGCUCUACAACUUUAAUUCGUUUCAGGGGACACAUACACACGAGCAAGCCUUCCAACAGAACACGAACUCGACCUACACUGCCACGCAUCAGCCCGACCUUGCCCUCCCAACACCGGCGCUGCCCAAUUACGAACUACCUCCCGGUGGCCAGCUUGACGGCUUCGGCACGACGGAAACGCCGUUCAAGAUGGAUUCGGAACGACUAGUUACUGGGACUUCGGCUCCUCUGUUCGAUCCGGACCAGAUGCAAUGGCCGUUACUGGAUAGAAGGACGGGGUUGACACCCUUGGAAACGCUACCGACCGGAUUCAGUCCAUGGCCGGCGUGGCAAGGUGGGCCGGAAACUCCUGCGUGGCCGGGAUAUCAGUAA